GCCCCGAGAGCUCUUGACACCAGGCACGCAGCAGCACGAAUCGCAGCAGCAAAGGCAUCCGCUACUCAACUACCUAUCUACUAGUCUACACAUACAGCACAGCAGCAAUAUGAGCGAGCAGAAGAACGUGAAGGAGCCUCAGCAGCCAGUGGAGGAGGAGAAGAACGACACGACGGUCGCUGUCCCGGCCACUGUGAACGAAGUAGCCACGAAGCAUCCACUGCAGAAUCGAUGGGUGUUGUGGUACGACAACCCGAAGAAGCGUCACUCAACCGAGUCCUGGGAGGAAAACCUGAAGAACGUCUACACGUUUAACACGGUGGAGGACUUUUGGUGCCUGUACAACAACAUCUUGGCACCCACGAAGCUCUCGAUUGGCAGCAACUACCACUUGUUUAAGGAGGGCAUUCGACCCAUGUGGGAGGACCCGAUCAACGCCAAGGGGGGCAAGUGGAUUUUCACUAACCCCCGCUCCCGAAAAGCACGACUAGAUGAGUGCUGGCUCUACGUGAUGCUCUCGCUGAUUGGCGAGACGCUGCAGGAUGAGGACGACAUCUGCGGCGCUGUAGUUAGUGUACGCAAGGCGCAGGACCGCAUCGCCAUCUGGAGUGCAACAGCCAAUGCCGAGGACCGCCAGAAGGCCAUUGGCCGGGGCUUUCGCCAAGCUCUUGUUGACCUUGGCAAGAACGAGACGCUCAAGUAUCAGUCGCAUGCUGACGCUGCGGCCAGUGGAUCCAGUUUCCAGAACGAAGUGUACUUUCACAUUCGCGUAGUAGAGAUCUGCAAUAUAUGCAAUUCAUACACAGUUGUUUGA